AUGAGCCAGCAACUCUGCCACUGGCGUAUUCCAAACUUGGAAAACACAAUUUGUUUCGAAACUCUGGGAAUGAUUGGUUUCAGCAAUGAAACAAAUGUUUGCGGAGGAUAUAACCUGAGGAUGCAUUUUACACAACCAAGUAUGAAAAAUAGUACAGUCUUGCACAGAGUUUUCUUUUUCGGUUUCCUUCUAUGCACAAAAGUGCUCGCGCGCACUCGAGUUGUUCUGGAGCCUGUUCCAUACUCGAGAAAGUCAUACAUAGCGCCCAAAGAUUUCAAGUUGAAGGACUACGACGAAAAUAGAACCAAUUUGGAAAUUUCUGAAAUGGAUAUUCCGCCUGUUGACAUGGACAAGAUGCCGUUCUUUAUGGAGCUGGAAAAAAGUAAAGGAGAUAGCUCUGAAUUGACAACCCCAGAAAUCCAAAUAGUGGGAUUUUCAAAUGUUGCACGCGAGUACAUGACAGCAGGAACCACAGAGUACAUUACAAUGGAGCCAAAGACAGCUCAGAACAACCAAAGACAGAGAUGGCAUCCCAUACACAUAAAAGAUCCCAAUGAGUAUAUAUUCGAGUUCGUAGGCUUGGAAGAUGAAAGCACUUCUUCCACAACCACACAGAAAGGGGCGACGCAAACAAAAAGCACGCAAACCACAGGCAAGAAAAAAAAGUGCCUGUCUGUGAUUCGUCUAGAGGCCUUAACAAAGCUAGGUGUACCGCCUGAAGAAGUGAAGGGAAUGAACCUAGGGCUGAUGAAUUGUAAUUAUGAAAGUAUGGAUCAAAGAUUUAAAAUGACAGUGUUACGCACAAAGAAGGAUGAAGAAGAAGCAAACGAAACUAACUUACUGCAGCAGAUGACAGAAGAGCAGCGACACAUGGAGGUUAUAAAGAGACUGAACUUCUUGAUCCACGCAGUAUUGCUCUUGCAGCAAGACAUAAAUGAAAGAUCAAAUGGUUACAGAGGAAGAGUGGACUUGGAGCAAAUGCCUGGCCAUAGAACUAUCGAGCCCAUUUAUCCUCCAGUUGAACCAUGGAUUAGAGAUUACCACACUAACCCCGGCUCGUCUAAUAAACUUGCUAUACCAUCAACCAGCCGCUUCGAAAGACAGAGCUCACUUCUUGCAGAAGACACAAACGGAUCAAACCCCAUAAAGAGAGAAAAUCUUUCAAGUAAAAGAUCGUCACUGUCCAGAAAAAGCUCAUUUGACAGAUCAUCAAAGCUGUCUCCUGAUUUAAGCAGACCCCAGUACGAUUUAGAUCCGUCACUAUCAAACUUACACUCAAAUUAUAUGAGCAGGUCUAACUGGAGAUCAGGCGCAAAGGAAAACGUUAACAUGUACCCUGAUAAUGACAAACCAAAUAAUCCGACCUUACGGUCUUUUAACUAA